AAAAGCUUUGCUUGGGUUUCAGUCACACUGAUAGAGAGAGAGAGAUUCACAUGAUAAUUCCUCUAAGCAAAGUAUAAUCAACGAACGAGCGAGACUAGGAGAAGAAGAAAGAGCGUGAGAUCGAUUUCUCAAAGCCGCCAUGGGAAGUGGUGGCUAUGUGUUUGGUUCAGCCAGAUCGGGACAAACCGCAAUGGUAGCUCUCGUCCUUGUCGUUGGAUCAUUCUUCGCUGGCUACAUCUUCGGCAACAACGCCCCUAUUUACAUCCCCCAAGCUUCUUCCAUUUCCUCGUCUCCAUCUUCUCCUUCCCCAUCUGAUCCAUCAGAUUUCAUCAACAGAAUAGAACUCACUUACCGGAAAACUCCUCUUGUGAUCCCACAAAGAGGUGUGAAUGUGUGUCCAUUGGAGUUUAAUGAGUACAUCCCUUGUCACAAUGUUACUUACAUCCAACAGCUUCUCCCAAGUUUGAAUCUUUCUAGAAGAGAAGAGCUUGAGAGACACUGUCCUCCACUUGAGCAGCGUCUCUUCUGUCUGGUUCCUCCUCCCAAAGAUUAUAAGAUACCUAUACGUUGGCCUACGAGCAGAGACUAUGUGUGGAGAAGCAAUGUGAAUCAUACUCAUCUUGCUGAAGUUAAAGGUGGGCAAAAUUGGGUGCAUGAACAAGGGGAGUUAUGGUGGUUCCCUGGUGGUGGUACUCAUUUCAAACAUGGAGCUCCUGAAUACAUCCAAAGGUUAGGAAACAUGACGACUAAUGAAACAGGUGACUUGCGUUCAGCUGGGGUUGAACAAGUACUUGAUGUUGGAUGUGGAGUUGCUAGCUUUGCUGCUUAUCUACUUCCUUUAGGUAUUCAGACGAUGUCCUUUGCUCCUAAAGACGGUCAUGAGAACCAAAUCCAGUUUGCGUUGGAGAGAGGGAUUGGCGCAAUGAUCUCUGCCAUUGCCACUAAACAAAUGCCAUAUCCUGCAGCUUCCUUUGAUAUGGUUCAUUGCUCAAGAUGUCGUGUUGAUUGGCAUGAAAAUGAUGGUGUUUUGAUUAAAGAGGUUAAUCGUCUUCUCCGACCCAAUGGAUACUUUGUUUACUCAGCACCACCUGCUUACAGAAAGGAUAAAGACUUCCCUGUGAUUUGGGAUAAGUUGGUUAAUCUAACAACCGCAAUGUGUUGGAAGCUCAUUUCCCGGAAGGUACAGACUGCAAUAUGGGUUAAAGAAGAUGACGAGGCUUGCCUUAGGAAGAACGCAGAGCUUGAGCUUAUAACUAUAUGUGAUCCACAAGAUGUUUCAAAAGCUUCAUGGAAAGUUCCUCUUAGAGACUGUGUGGACAUUAGUGAGAACACACCACAGAGAUCCUCUUCUUUACCUGAACGUCUGUCUUCAUAUCCAGCAAGUCUAGGAAAACUAGGCAUUAGCGAAGAUGAGUUCACAAUGGACACAAACUUCUGGAGAGAACAAGUGAACCGCUACUGGGAGUUGAUGAAAGUUAACAAGACUGAAGUGAGGAAUGUGAUGGACACAAACGCUUUCAUUGGUGGAUUUGCUGCUGCUAUGCACUCAUACCCCGUUUGGGUUAUGAACGUUGUGCCUGCUACCAUGAACGAUACCUUAUCAGGAAUUUACCAGAGGGGCUUAACCGGUGUAUACCAUGAUUGGUGUGAGCCAUUCUCAACAUAUCCCCGCACAUAUGAUCUGCUACACGCGGAUAAGCUCUUGUCUCACUAUCAAAACCACGGUGAAGGUUGUUUACUAGAGGACAUCAUGGUUGAGAUGGACCGCAUCAUACGCCCUCAGGGAUUCAUCAUUAUAAGAGACGAGGGAACGGUCAUCUCAAAAGUACAAGAGUUGGCUCCUAAGUUCCUCUGGGAAGUUGAGACACAUGAGCUUCAAGACAAAAACAAGAAGACAGAAACUGUUCUGUUUUGCAGAAAGAAGUUCUGGGCAAUCGUCUGAAACACAAGCUUGUCAGAGUUUUUUGGAGAACAUAGAAAAUCUUCUUUUAUUUUUUGUUUGUAAGAGAAAAGAAAUUAAAUAUUACUUAUGUAACUUUUGUUCAUCCAUUGACAAGUCUGUACACAUGUUUUGUUUUUACCACAUUCAUAACCAGAGGCCAAAGUUUAGGUGAGUUUUGAACAAAGAGAAAAGUUUCGGAUUUGUAAUGUAAUUUAACGAAGCUUAUAUAUAUCCAAACUUUUUUAUGUU